AGAGAGAGCUUGGACAUGACACCAGGCACAGUGAGUCAGACGGACAGCACAAGAAGGAGAGAGUGACAACAGAAAGUAGCUACUGCGCUGAAGGGGGCUACAGUAUUGCUGUGUUGAGUAGAGACUGACAACAGAAAGUAGCCACUGCGCUGAAGGGGGCUACAGUAUUGCUGUGUUGAGUAGAGACUGACAACAGAAAGUAGCCACUGCGCUGAAGGGGGCUACAGUAUUGCUGUGUUGAGUAGAGACUGACAACAGAAAGUAGCCACUGCGCUGAAGGGGGCUACAGUAUUGCUGUGUUGAGUGGAGACUGACAACAGAAAGUAGCCACUGCGCUGAAGGGGGCUACAGUAUUACUGUGUUGAGGAGAGAGUGGUACCCUACACUAUCCUGUGCUACUGUUGCUGCUACGGCCAUGGGGACCAGGGUCCUGCUUCUCUCCAUCUUAAUGAUUUCUUUCAACUGGUCCAUGGGGGCUGUCAUCACUGGGGCGUGUGAUAGAGAUGUUCAGUGUGGGUUUGGUCUAUGCUGUGCUGUCAGCCUGUGGCUUAGGGGACUGCGGAUGUGUAUUCCACGAGGGGAAGAGGGGGACGAGUGCCACCCCUUCAGUCACAAGGUGCCCUAUCCAGGAAAAAGACAGCAUCACACCUGUCCAUGUCUUCCUCAUUUGGUCUGUACCAGCUACACAGGUAGCACAUACAGGUGUACCAAAGACUUCAAAAACCUAGACUUUUGAUGACAGAGGAGGAAGAAGAGGAGAGAGAAGAAGAGGAGAAAGAUGGGAAACAAUGACAGCAGCACAUUCAAUCACACACGACCUUCACUCUUUUCCCUUUUACUUAGUCCCUCAAUCACACACAACCUUCACUCUUUUCCCUCUACUUAGUCCCUCAAUCACACACGACCUUCACUCUUUUCCCUUUGACUUAGUAACCUCAAUCACACACGACCUUCACUCUUUUCCCUCUACUUAGUCCCUCAAUCACACACGACCUUCACUCUUUUCCCUCUACUUAGUCCCUCAAUCACACACGACCUUCACUCGUUUCCCUCUACUUAGACCCUCAAUCACACACGACCUUCACUCUUUUCCCUCUACUUAGACCCUCAAUCACACACGACCUUCACUCUUUUCCCUCUACUUAGUCCCUCAAUCACACACGACCUUCACUCUUUUCCCUUUGACUUAGUAACCUCAAUCACACACGACCUUCACUCUUUUCCCUUUGACUUAGUAACCUCAAUCACACACGACCUUCACUCUUUUCCCUCUACUUAGUCCCUCAAUCACACACGACCUUCACUCUUUUCCCUCUACUUAGUCCCUCAAUCACACACGACCUUCACUCUUUUCCCUUUUACUUAGUCCCUCAAUCACACGUCAUACCUUCACUCUUUUCCCUUUAACUUAGUAACCUCAAUCACACACGACCUUCACUCUUUUCCCUCUACUUAGUCCCUCAAUCACACACGACCUUCACUCUUUUCCCUCUACUUAGUCCCUCAAUCACACACAACCUUCACUCUUUUCCCUCUACUUAGUCCCUCAAUCACACACGACCUUCACUCUUUUCCCUUUGACUUAGUAACCUCAAUCACACACGACCUUCACUCUUUUCCCUCUACUUAGUCCCUCAAUCACACACGACCUUCACUCUUUUCCCUUUUACUUAGUCCCUCAAUCACACACGACCUUCACUCUUUUCCCUCUACUUAGUCCCUCAAUCACACACAACCUUCACUCUUUUCCCUCUACUUAGUCCCUCAAUCACACACGACCUUCACUCUUUUCCCUCUACUUAGUCCCUCAAUCACACACGACCUUCACUCUUUUCCCUCUACUUAGUCCCUCAAUCACACACGACCUUCACUCUUUUCCCUUUUACUUAGUCCCUCAAUCACACACGACCUUCACUCUUUUCCCUCUACUUAGUCCCUCAAUCACACACAACCUUCACUAUUUUCCCUCUACUUAGUCCCUCAAUCACACACGACCUUCACUCUUUUCCCUCUACUUAGUCCCUCAAUCACACACGACCUUCACUCUUUUCCCUUUGACUUAGUAACAUCAAUCACACACGACCUUCACUCUUUUCCCUCUACUUAGUUCCUCAAUCACACACGACCUUCACUCUUUUCCCUCUACUUAGUCCCUCAAUCACACACAACCUUCACUCUUUUCCCUCUACUUAGUCCCUCAAUCACACACGACCUUCACUCUUUUCCCUCUACUUAGUCCCUCAAUCACACACAACCUUCACUCUUUUCCCUCUACUUAGUCCCUCAAUCACACACAACCUUCACUCUUUUCCCUUUGACUUAGUAACCUCAAUCACACACGACCUUCACUCUUUUCCCUCUACUUAGUCUUUGUUCUAUAUACUAUAGGAACUGUUAUAUUUCAUGAGAAUAUAACAUCUGUAAAUACACCUCACUGUGCCCCACUGGCCACCAAAGACAUGCCAAGACAAUAUAUACAUGCUAAACUGUGCCAAGAAAGAUACAUAGCUAAAUGUUUUCUUUUUUUAUGUAUGUACCAAUUGCAGACUAUAGUUUUAAUACACAGGCCUGUCAAAAGCUUGAUGUAAAUCAUAAUAAUAUACGGUUUAAUUCAUAUGCAAAUGUGAUGUUUUUAUUUAUGAUCAACAUUUUUGCAAAUUAAACUCACUGUAUCAUACCACUGUAUCAUACCACUGUGAAAAAUAUGUACUUACACUGUGUGUUGUCUGUUGUUGUUAUGUAAGUAAUUAUGUAAGUUAUAUAUACUGAACAAAAAUAUAAACUCAA